GCCAAAGAUGUCGGCUCGGUCAUGUAAUCAGCUGGCACUGAUGAUUGGUGUGCCCUGAUGAUCAGUGUAGCCCCAGAAGUGCCACCUGUCAGUGUCCAUCAGUGCCACAUUUCAGUGCCUACCAGUGCACAUCAAUGCCACAUAUCAGUGCCCAUCUGAGCUGCCUUUCAGUGUCACCCAUCAGUACCAGUCAGUGUCACCUACGAAUGCCAAUCAGUGCUGCCUUUCAGUGCCCAUCAGUGAUGCCUGUCAAUGCCCGUCAGUGGCACCUACCAGUGCCUCCUCAUCAGUGCCCAUCAGUGCAGCCUAAUUAGCGCACAUCAGUGAAGGAGAAAAAUCACUUAUUUACAAAAUGUUAUAA